UUAACCAGAAUACUCUCUCCCAGGCCGGAGCGUGGCUCUGCCCGAGAGGUGGCAGCAUGCGACCGCACUCGGUGGCAGCCAGGCUGGGCUUGUCCCUGGGGGGCCUAGGCCUGGCCCUGGGCGGGGGUCCCUGACCCCCCCCCAGCAUCCAUCCCACAGGAGUUGAGCCCUGGUUCCAUACGCUGAUCCCAGAUCACUUGGGAAAGCGAUAACUGGGUGGAAACCUUCGCUUUUGAGUGGGACAGGGAUGGAGGAUGGGACUGCAUCCAGGGGAAAGCAGCUUUCCACCCAGAGCAUUUUAUAGAGCACCUGAGCAUCCCCCAGCCCCAGCUAAAAUUCACCUGUCCUGGGGGACAGCCCCUGCAGCAGUGUCCCCCUUCCCAGCUGGUUCCAGUGGGAAAAGGGCCGGGAUGCACAGGGGAAGGACCCCAGCCCCAGCUCUGCCUGUGCCCCCCCGGGCUGGUCACACCCAGCAAGCAGGAUCUUAAACCUCUGCCUCCCCUCUGCCUCUGGUCCCAUCACCUCCGCCGGGUUAUUCAUCAUCCGCACAAGACAGUGGUGAAGUGGGAGCAGCCCCUUGCUCUCCUGCCUGUCCCGGGGCAGAGUCAGGCCCUGGUACAUCCUGGCAAACACCAGCUGCCACCGUGUCCUCCAUGAAGCCCGUCCCACCCACCAAGUUACUGCUUCCCUCGCCCCACAAAAACCCAUGUCCUUCCCCGUAGCAAGCCUUGUGCAAUCCCUCUCUGCCAGAGUUGUCACCAGCCCCGGGGGGUUUCCUGGCCCUGUGGGGGGGCUCAGGCCCAUGUGUUGGGGGCCACAGCAUCUGCUCAGGCCCCCCCAGCCAGCUCCACCCAAGGAGGGGACAUGGUCGGAGCCAGGAUCACACUUCUUUGCUGCAUGCUGCUAGCGGCAGAUGGGGAUAAGGAUGCUCCUGGAGCUGGGGUGGACAGUUUGCCUCAGGCAGGGCUGAGAUGCUGGGGCAGGUGGGCUGGAGCACCCUGGGAUGCUUCAGGGUUUUGGGGUGCUUUUUUUUGGGGGGGGGGUGGAGACCACCCUUGCCCUUACAAUCGCCACAGCUGUGGUCAUGUCUCCCCCCCAACCAUCUCGUGGCACCUGGUGCCUUGCAGGUCUGUGUCUCUGUUGCGAUAUCAAGCUGCUGAAGGGGCUGAAGGGACAGUCCCUGUCCUUCCCGGCCCUGCACCCCUUCUUUGCGGAUAUCACGCGGGUCACCUGGAGGUCCCAGGGGACCCACAUCACCGAGGCCAAGCCCAAGGAGAAGAGGCUCACCAUCGACUACAUGCCCAGGCUCCGUGGCCAGCUGUUCAUCCACCCCACCAACCUGUCACUGGAGAUCAGACCACCGAAGCUGGGGGACAACGGAAAGUACGAGGUGGUCGUGGACACCUUGUCUGACCCCACCAAACCAAAGACCUUUUCCUACUCAUUGAGGAUUCAUGGUGGCUUGCCCAUGAUGCCAGCCGGGACCAGUGACAUGGGAGGACAGAGCAGGAGCACCGUGGGACCUAGGGGAGUGACCGAGCCUGAUGCAGGAGAUACCAGGACACAGGGCACAGGUGGGGGGCAGCCCCCAGACGGCAGCGGUGGGCUGGAGGCAUGCGGGGUGCAGGACUACUACUGUGUGGUGAAGGCGUAUCUCAUGGCCACUGUCUUCGGGCUACUGCUGAUGCUGGUGGCCACUGUUCACAACGUGACCAGGGACAAAGGCACCUAGCUGGGGGAUGAGGUCUCAGUGGGGCCGAGAGUGGGGUCUGAGCCCCUCAGCAUCACCGCUCUGCAGGGAUCGUCCCCAUGGCAGCGAUGAGCCCGUAUUCAGGGCUCCGGGUGCGGUGGCUCCCCUGCCUCCGUUUCCCCAGCCAGGGAAAGCCAAGAUUGCUCUAAUAAGGGCCCCUCAAGGAUGUGAAGUGAAACCCAGUUUCCUCAUUUGUUGCACAAGCAGCUGCCCCAAAAUGCGGCAAUGCCUAUUCCUUCCAGAGGCCACCGCAGCCCAUGGGGUGCCCGGCAGCUCCCUGGCACCCGGCGGGACCAAAACACAUCCUGGUGCAGCCCCUGCACUGAGCGUGCAGCAGCAUCGGGUCUCAGCACACCUGAUCCAGGGACACCUCUGUUACUGGGACAUCAUCGGUUUCAUAUUUACGGCCCCGAAUCCAGUGCGAGAUAAUAAUUCAGCAUUUCAUAAAACCUUCUAUAGUUUAUAAUAAGUGAAUUAUUUACUGGUGACCCUGACUAAAUGCUGCGUGGCAUAAAUUAUUGAGUGGCAGAUCUGUCAAAAAGUUCUCAUAAAUAAGUUAUCUGGUGCCGUCUUAAUGUUCCCAGUAAAUUACUCAUUCAAUCUCCCAUCUAAAUGCUCUCCUGGGGAAAUUACUCACGCCUGCUGAUUUAUGAAUUAGGCCUGGGCAAAUAAGGACGAUUAGGAAGGAGAGCCCUGCCAGGACACCCGAGGGUUUUGCGUCACCGUGAUGCUUCAUCCAGAAUGCAUCCCUGGUGCUGCCCCGUCCCAACAGCCGCUGGCUGGGUACCAGGCAGGACAGAUCCUGGUCUGCCCUAUGCACUGGUCCCAGAGGGACUGUCCCAACCCCGGGGUGCUCAGCACCCUCCUUCCAGCUACAGGCACCAGCCAGGCAGCCAUCCAGGGUCAAGCACCGAUCCUGGGGUCCCACAGUGAUCCCGGAGUCGGGCAGCAAUCCCAGGGUCCCGCAGCAAUCCCAUGGUCCCACAGUGAUCCCAGGGUCAAGCAGCAAUCCCGGGGUCAGGCACCGAUCUCGGGGUCAGGCAGCGAUCCCGGGGUCAGGCAGCGAUCCCGGGGUCAGGCAGUGAUCCCCGGGGUCCCACAGUGAUCCCAGGGACAGGCAGCGAUCCCGGGGUCAGGCAGUGAUCCCGGGGUCAGGCAGUGAUCCCCGGGGUCCCACAGUGAUCCCAGGGACAGGCAGCGAUCCCAGGGUCAGGCAGUGAUCCCGGCGGCGGGCAGCUUCCUGCAGCAAUGCCUGAGGAAGCAGCACCCACUCCCAGCCCUGCUCCGCUAUUCCCCAUUGCAGGAGGGAGUCAGUGGGGCUCCCCCAAAUCCACGAGCAUUCCCCCCAGCACCCCAGUCACCUCAAACAACUCCGCAGCAGCCCUGGGCUCGUUACCUGUGCUUUAUUGCCUGCAGGCUAUGGCACACUGCUCUGGCCAUAUGUUUUAUUGCCAUUAUAAUCAUCGCCCGGCAAGCACGCAUUUCCAUCUCCCCCAACAAGCCUAAAUCCUCCCUGCCAGCAGCCCAGGGUCGCUCUCGAUGUCUCGAGCACACCAAGAACCAUAUUUCUACCAGGUCCUGGGCAUAAUUAAAGCAUCACCCAAGGAGCUUGACAGCUGCGACCCCUAUGCAGAGGCAAAGCACAAAGUCACGAGCCCUGGGAGGGGACCUCUCCACUUUUACCAUCCCUCUCCCCGCCACUAGUACGCGGGAACUGCAGCCGCUUUCGAUGAAUCUCUUUGCUCUGCCUCUUAUUCCAGGAGUGGAGCUGAUUAAAAUAAUAUGUUAAGCACAGCUCGACCUCGUGGGGUGAUGGGGUGGGGAAGUGCCUUCCCCGUUGCGAGGCACAGCCUGCGAUGGAGGCAAUUAAAUCAAUCAUGGAGGAUGAUGAAUUGGGGAGGGGGGGGUGAGGCAGGAGAGAGGAAAAUUCAUGUGUGAGAGCCGGGAGUUUAACGGGAGACCAGGAUGCUGCACAGUUAUCCGCAGUGGGAGAACCGGAUUUGCCCCCGCAGAGAGGGGAUCGGGAUGGGGAUGGGUCUCCCUGGGGAUGCUCCUACAUCUGCUUCAGUGCAAAGGCCACCCUGGCCACUCUGCCAGGUCCCCAUGGGAGCCCUGCUCGGCCAUCACCCAUGCAUCAGGCCUGCACCAGUGUUUGCUUUAAUAAUUGAAUGCCGGUUUGGGGGACAAUUAUUUAUUUAAAGGAAACAGCAUGUUAACAAGAACACAAUCUAAUCCCCGGUGACAGAUGUCUGCUUUAUUAGCACCUCUGUCCGAGAGCCGAGCCCGGGAGGCAAACAAACAAACACAACAAAUAAAACCCUCAUUAGAAGAUGUAAGCACAUGCCAGAAAUUAGUGUGAGGGGGAAAAAAUAAAUAUUAAAAGGCGGCAGCACUCCUGAGAUGGCUGCUCAUGCUGGGUGAAGUAGAGGGAGGUGAUGCUCGGACCUGGGGCUGGACUGGCGCCGGGGUGAUGCUGGAGGCUGCGUUUCGGCUAAAUCCCCUGCUAGAUGGCACCUGGCUGUCCCUGGGGCCCUGCACCAAGGGGUGCAACCAGAGCUGCUGGGUGAGAAUGUGUUCCCUUUUCACCUCGUGACGCCCAAAUCUGCUCUCCUUGCCUGAGCCCAGCAUCAGGGAGCAGCAGGAUUUGGGCAAUGGGGAAACUGAGGCACAGAGGGGCAAAGGGAUGCGUCCAUGGCGCCCAAGGGAGACUCGUAUCAAGGAGCCCUUUGUGGAGGAAACCCUGGUUGCGGUGGCGGGGAGCAGCCGGGGAAGGACAGGCAGCGCAGGCAGCAGGUUAUGGAGACAGGAUUUGUCCUGGCAAAACAGGCUCAGUCCUCAGCCACUGUCUGGGGUCCGGAGGAAGGAGAGCAGAUUUUCCCCCCGUGUAGGAUUAGUCCAAGGAACUGUUGGGGGGUGGCUGGCCAAGCGCUUUGGGGUGCUGGGGAUGGGGUCCCGAUGGCCAGGGCAGGGCUGGGUCACCAUCACCCGCUGCCUGUGGCCGGAUCCAGGGCACUGCCCCCCCCCGCCCGACUGCCUUCAUCCCAGCUCAGCUGAGAACGGCGGCGAUCGAGGCAGUGAUGGAUGCCACAGCACGCCAGCCCCGCGGGGGCUCUCUGGCAUGUCCCCAUCUGUUUGGUGUCCAUUUAGCAAAUGCCUCUGUGAGGACCAGCUGUGAGCUGGCACCCAGCACCCGCUGGCACCCAGCACCCACCCUGAAACCAACUGGGGAAGCCAGAGUGACUGGUCCCCCGGGCUGGAGUCCCCCCUCAACCAUUUCUCCCUGGGACUCAGCUGUGCUCCAAAAAAUAAAGGAAUUAAAGAAAAAACGACAUCA